AUGCAGUCGUCAAUGCCUUCGCCUUUGAAGAAGCCCUUGAGUCCCGAAGCUGACGAGAAUUUGUUGAAGACUUAUUUAAAGAAUAAAGACGAGAAUGCAGGAGUGAUGGAGGCUUCUGUACCGGAAAGCAACCAAGUCAUUGAUCUGGCCAGCAGUGAUGACGAGGCUGCCGCUGCACCCGACACAGCAGCCCUGCCCACUUCGGUUAAAUCAGGGCCAGUUGCAAUUAGAUCUAAUGGAACAGAAUUAUCGGUACUAAAUUCUGACGGUAAAAGCUUGACUAAAAGUGGGGAUGCGGGCACAAACAUGGCCAUUUCUGAUGAAUCACAGCCACUCACAUCCAUUUCUAAUGAUUCCGGUACUAAUUCUGGCACGAAAUCGGGUACGUCAAGCGGACCGAAAAUUAUUGGAACUGGGAUAGCCGCGAGGGCUCGCCGAAACCACGAAAACCAAAUUGGGGCCGAUAAAAGUACUGUGGACAUGAGCCAAUCUGUGAAAGCCAUGCCAACGGUACUUAUAGGAAGUCUGGAGAACUACCAGAGGAUAUCUGCAGAGGCCAUCAAGCCGAGCAGCACCUCCACAGUGCUCACUGAGUACGCAUACAAGAAACAGAAUAACACGAGCGACACAGCCGCCAGCCCCACAGACCUUGCACCCGAGUCUGAUCCAAAACCCCCAACACCCUUAAAAAUAGACACGUUAAAGGAGGCCAAAAUCAUGACCCCCUCUUCCUCUCAAGCUAAUGUAUAUAUAGCAGGCGAUUCACUCCUACGCACGGAUGAUAUGUCGCCACCGCCGCCGGUGCUGUUAGGGACGCGCGCACAAAGCUCUGACGUCGUGGAUGUGCCAGACGAAUCUCCGUACAGCGACAGUAACAUUCCACCAGAGGGAAGUGUAGUCGAACACGCACGUAUGCCCACAAAUGAACAUGUAGAUGUAGAAUCGGAUACAACCGAACUCACGCACACGGACACAGCCGGAUACAAACCCGACGAAGAACCGUCUCGUCUGUCGGAUGGUGUAGGUGAGCAUAUUAAUGUCGACACUUCGGAAAGUGCGGAGGACGAAGACAGUGGGGAAGGUAAUGGAGGCGAUCACUCUAACCCAGAGAUUAUGGAUAGGGCACUUCCUAGGGCACUUCCUGACCAUAUGCGGGAAGAUAAAGACUCCUUUGUCACCAAUGUCAGUACGCAUGACCUUACUGAUGCGGUCAGCAAGGACGUUGAUCCCGCUUCUGUGAACCACGUAGACGUAGUUAGUAGUACUUCAAUGUUGGGCAGGGGUGCAAGUGGCAAGAACCGCAAUGAGGCAAUUAGUUCCGAUAACACCAAGGAUAGAGGAUGGUAUGAGACACAACAACAGGCGUUACACACGACAGCGAAUGCGAUACAUACGGCAGAGAAGUCGUUUUCGGAGAUGGACAUUGUCUCACAGACUACCGAUGGGAAGAAGAAGGUGGUUAUUGGCGUAGGCAGUGCACCCCCGAAGAAGAGUACAAACACGGCAGAGGUGCCGGCACGAUCGCGGGUAUUGGGCAACAUGAUAAAUACAGAGACAGGUAAAGAGAGUGCGGAGUCGAUGACUGGCAGAGAUCCAAUGCCAGGUAAAGAUGAUAAUACCCUGGGUGAGAGUAGACCUGGAGUAGAGAAGCAGAGUGUGGAUGUGGGAGUGAGUAGGAAAGUGUAUGAACUGGAUGAUACAGGAGUUGCACAUAAAGGGGUUGUCACGGGGACGCAUGGGCCCAUGGAGGGCAAAGGAAGUGUGCCAGAAGAUGAAGACAUGCGGAUGUCUGGGUCUGCAAUGGAGGAGAAGAUGAAGGAUAUAUACAGUGGUGUGAGUGGGACCAAAGAUCUUGACGGGACGGGUUUAACGGGCGUUCUCACAAACAGCACCAGUGUCCAAUACAAGCAUUCUCUGCAGCCAGAUACAAAGUACGACACUUCACAUACGCAAAGAAAAGGGAAACUCGAGCAACCCAUCACAUCAAGUAUGGUAGUCGGGAGCACAGAUCGGCCCGAUGUUGUAGUUAAAACCACUACAACACCAAAGUUAGAGAAACAGAGUAUGUCAGGGGCAACCGCACCCGGACUCACAAACCAGGCAGCCCCGGAGAAGAAAAAGAAAGUAGUGAUUGGACAGGGCGAAUCACGGUAUGCCACACAGGGCCCUUACAGGCCUACCGAAAGCUCUAAAGCACGACCAUAUACACAAACACACAUACAAACACCAAACAAACCGCGCCUCCUCCACCCUGUUGCACACGCCUCUGCACCCACGACUACGCCAGCCAGUACCACUAGUACGAAAGGGGGGGUGACAGCAAAGCUGAACAACCUCUCGUUGGACAGAGCACCGAAGUCCUCGCCGUAUGCUACGUUGGGGAGGGCUAACCUGGAACCGGGGACGAUUAGAAAGCUGCAAGAAUUGAGUUGCAAGGGCGGUAGGAAGGCCAAGUUUUUCAUUCCUACGGUGAAGGGGUCGGUACCAACGAGCGUGAUAAAGAUCACACCUCAAUCAACGGCUACGUCACAGCCGGUACCGUCAGCCCAACCGGACCGUAAAUUACAUGAACAACACAGCGAGAAGGCGAAGCCAGCACAGUUGAAACGUCCUUCACUAGACAGGACACAGUCGAAUAUCAGUACCAAUGCGAAGCCUAUAAAGAGGAAACACUCUUCAUCAGAUUACAUGCAGUCAAGUUUAAGUACACUCACCACAGAUAGCAACCCUUUCCGCUCGGAAAAGGUCCUGAAUGCACCCAGAUUGAUUAGUGACAUACAUGCUAGCAAGCCAAAGGCACAGGGAGCAGGAAUCAACUCGACACAGAUUGCGAGUCCUCGUGCGCAUAGUCGAAAAGACGGGCGCUUUUCUAGGUCACUGUCUCCAAUAGCAGCGACAAAGAGUGGGAGUGGGGAGGUGCCCUAUGAGCAAAGCAUUACUAUCAGCGAUGACGAGCCUCGUGGUGGUGUAAGUAGGGCCAAAAUAAAAACUCGCGUGGUGACGAUAGAUAGCGAUAACGAAGUGGCCGAGGAUUCCGGGUCGAGAGCACAAAGUAAGUCACCAGUAAACAGUAGAAGCAAAGCGGUAUCGCAUGGACCAAUUGCGGGACGGUUGGGCGAACUGGAGUGGGAGUCCGAAAGUAAUGAUGAAGAUAAACCGAAGAAGGAUAGGGGGCGUGGGAAGAAACAGAUCAUGCUGGGUCUUGAGCGGACGAAUAUACUUGCUGAAAGUAUGAAACGCCAUGGACUAAACAAGAGUGCAGCAAACACGCCCAGACCAGGGUCACGACAAACAGAUCGAUCGGACCGAGAAAAAGGCGGGAAAAGUAGGCAUAAGAAGGAGAAAUGCAAGGGACAACGGAACACGAUGGAUAAUUAUGGGGUAAGCGGGAAUAGUGUUAAAAAGUCUCAGAGGAGGCAUCAGGAUAUCGUGGAGCUCGAUGAUAAGGACGAUUUGACCGAGUUCAUGGUGAAUCGGCCCGAUUUAGCCUUUUUGGCUGAUCACAAGAGUGACGAGCAUACCGAUAUGAAACCCGACACACAUCCCACACUCGGCGACAAAAAACACAUACAAACACAUACAGACAAACAUAAGACGUCAUCAAAGUCCGCGCGCGCACAGUACACCAUCGAGGACAUGAGAGCACCACGGAGCGGCCCGAUUAGUAAUGUACCGGGCCAUUCUAAUAGGCAGAGUAUAUCACCGGCUAGGCGUAGCAGGCGGAGAAGUACUACUUCUUCGUCAGUCGAGCAUGAGUCGCCGGGUCUGCACAAGCACACCGACGCACGCACACAGAAAUCGCGGAGAGCGUCUCGGACAUAUACAACUUCCGAUUUUGAUGGGAACACUCACGCAUACCGGAGUGCUGCGAACGCGAGUAAGGGCAAAGGAAAGAAGCGUGGCCGCACGGGUAGAGAGGGGCCAUUUAAGGCGCAGAGCUAUAGUGAAACGAUAGAUGUGGAUGGCGAUGAUUCGGCGGACGAUCCGAACGAGUCGAUGAUGAGUGGGCCUGGGGGAUUAACGCCGGCCACUGCGAAGUCAUACAAGAGGAACAAAACCCGCUAUUCUAGCUUAGUAAAUUGAUAGAUAGUUGGCGCCACUGUGGUAUCUACCCAAGCUUGGCCUUAACGAGCGGGGGAUCGUGUGCACGCUCAAAGAUAUGAUGUGUCAGCACAACGAUGUGACAGGCAUUUGAGGUUGGCAUGGUAAUGAUAUGCGACUUUGCUAUUGCCGUAAUAUGCACAGUCUUUGACUUGCUCGUGAAACACGCAGCUAUGGCGCUGUGAACCUCCGGCUGCGAAAGUAUUCACCUUGUGGCGGUACAUCGUGCCAAUCCUCCGGCCUUCGUAGACCUUGAAUUUAAAACCGUACGCCAGCGGAAAUACACACCUGUGGCAGCUACUGCAAAGCACUCUGCCGGCCCCAUUAGACUAGGACUGUGAAAUAAAACAUUAGUAUGCGG